CGGAUGGAUGCAUAGUGAGAGGGCUGCACGGUUUAAAACGAUAAUUGUCAACGUCUGCGGCGUGUCAGCUUUUCCAAAGCUUCCUGUUGUUUAGCUAACCGCAAGCUUAGUGACAGCGGGCACAGUUUUAAGUAGCUUUGAUGUGGUAUUCGGGCCUGUAACAUCACUCAGUGAAAGCACAGGCUGUUGUGAUGUCAGAGGCAAAGUCCCCUACUCCGACCCCUGGAGACACAUACAAGGGUUGGCUCUUCAAAUGGACAAACUACAUAAAAGGUUACCAAAGACGCUGGUUUGUUCUCAGCAAUGGCUUGCUUUCUUACUACAGGACUCAGGCUGAGAUGGGUCACACAUGCAGAGGCACCAUUAACUUGGCCACAGCCAACAUUGCUGUGGAAGAUUCGUGCAAUUUUGUGAUUUCUAAUGGAGGGGCACAGACCUAUCACCUGAAGGCCAGCUCCGAAGUAGAGCGCCAGCGAUGGAUCACUGCUUUGGAACUUGCAAAGGCGAAGGCUGUCCAAAUGCAGGCGGAAUCUGAUGACUCAGGUGAUGAUUUCCCUGCAGUCUCGCCAAACUCAGGACAGGGCGGAGACUGCCGUAACACAGAAAUCCAGUCUACAUUACGCACACUCAACAGCAAAGUGGAGGAUCUUGCCACCUGCAAUGAUCUCAUUGUCAAGCAUGGGUCUGCUCUCCAAAGGUCUUUAUCAGAACUUGAAGGACUUCGUGUCGCAGUGGACAUGGGAGAAAAGGUCAAACAAGUCACAGAGAGAGCCACGCUUUUCCGAAUCACCUCCAAUGCCAUGAUCAACGCAUGUAGAGACUUCCUUUCCGUGGCUCAGAGCCACAGUAAGCGCUGGCAGAAGGCCUUACAGACUGAAAGAGAACAGAGGAUACGUCUGGAGGAGACUCUGGAGCAGUUAGCCAAACAGCACAACCACCUAGAAAGGGCUUUCAGAGGAGCAACAGUUCUCCCCCCGUCAUUCAGUAAUCCUGCCUUAGGAAACAAAGGGGCUGUUUCAGGGAAAGCCGAUGCCAGUGACGAGGAUGAUGACAAUGAGUUCUUUGAUGCUAUGGAGGAGCCAGCAGAGUUUAUUACUGUCCCCGCUGACCCCAAAUAUCACAGGAGAUCUGGUAGCAACAUCAGUGGGAUCAGCAGUGAGACUGGAACGGAUGAUCAGUCGGUAAAUUUUGAUGAACUUUCUUUGGCAUCUAACCCGGAGUCUCCACAGCCGCUGGAGCUGGAGCCAGUUAGGCAAAGGCGAACUCGUAUCCCGGACAAACCAAACUAUUACCUCAAUCUGUGGAGCAUCAUGAAGAAUUGUAUUGGAAAGGAGCUCUCAAAAAUACCAAUGCCUGUGAAUUUUAAUGAGCCCCUGUCAAUGUUGCAACGUCUGUCUGAAGACCUGGAGUACUACGAACUCCUUGAUAAGGCUGCCAAGUGUCAUAGCUCUCUAGAGCAGAUGUGUUAUGUGGCAGCUUUCACAGUGUCUUCCUACUCCACCACAGUCCACCGCACAGGAAAGCCCUUCAACCCUCUGCUCGGAGAAACCUUUGAGCUCGAUCGGCACAGAGAGUGCGGUUAUCGCUCUCUUUGUGAACAGGUCAGUCACCACCCACCUGCCGCAGCUCACCACGCCUUCUCUGAAAAGGGCUGGACCCUCAGACAGGAGAUAACACUAGCCAGCAAGUUUAGAGGGAAAUAUCUCUCUAUCAUGCCUUUGGGUUCUAUUCAGUGUAUAUUUGAAAAGAGCAACAAUCACUAUUCUUGGAAAAAAGUGACCACAACAGUUCACAACAUUAUUGUUGGGAAAUUGUGGAUCGAUCAGUCGGGAGAGAUAGACGUGGUGAACCACAAGACAGGAGAUCGCUGCCACCUCAAGUUCGCUCCCUACAGUUAUUUUUCCAGAGAUGUACCGAGAAAGGUAACAGGAGUAGUAACAGAUAAGGAUGGAAAAGCGCAUUAUGUCCUGUCAGGAACAUGGGAUGAGAAAAUGGAGUUUUCCAAAAUUAUGCAGAGCAGUAAAGGUGAAAACGGCACUGAAGGCAAACAGAGGACUGUGUAUCAGACACUCAAAGCCAAAGAAAUGUGGAGAAAGAACCCGUUACCGGAGGGAGCAGAGAACAUGUACUACUUCUCCUCUUUGGCUUUGACUCUCAAUGAACCCGAAGAGGGAGUUGCGCCAACAGACAGUCGGCGGCGACCUGACCAGCGGUUAAUGGAGGAAGGCCACUGGGAUGAGGCCAACGCAGAGAAACAGCGUCUAGAAGAAAAACAACGCAGCGCUCGUCGAGAAAGGGAGAAAGAAGCAGUGAAAGCAGCCAGCUCACCUGAGGAAGCUGAUGCAAAAGAGCCUGGUCCCGCUUCAAGUGAGAUUUCUGAUGAAAGUGCCCAUCCAGACACCUACCAAGCACUGUGGUUUGAGAAGAUAGAUGAUCCUGUGUCUGGAGAGACGUUGCACAUCUACAAGGGGGGUUACUGGGAAGCUAAGGAGCAAGGGAACUGGGAUCUGUGCCCUGACAUCUUCUGAGCACAGCUGAACAAUUUCCCCACUGAGGUGUACAAAUGACACGAUCGUUAGAGGGACCCCUUUUUCCUAUCACAUUAAUUGGGAAAUCCAGUUUGACAUCAGCCUAGCCCGUCUUCUGACCAACCUCCUUCACCCCCUCAGUUCAGCAGGAUCAAGGUCAGCUGGACUUCGCGUUCAAGUACACCUUAUUACCUGUGUGGCAUUGUAGUCACCCUGCAGCUGGUUGGUGUUCCUCUCACUGCCUCUCAAACCCUGAAGUUUAGCUUGGUUUUGGUCCACAGCUUCUUCCCAGUCCAGGGUUUUCUGAUCCAGCCUUGAGGUUGCAGUUUGCAGCAGCUUUUUCUGAAAAUGUCAUUCUGCAUUUUCUUUGGAUGUGCUAUUGUUGGAAGGGUUAUUGACCCAGAUGGUCCCUUUCGAUAUGGAAGGCUUGCUCUGAUAGGUUGAGGUACUACCUAAUGUGAUUAAUGUAUGUUUUUCUGGCACAUUCCUGUUUGUUUUCCAAAUACUCCAAAGCCUCCUCAGCACAAAACCACAGCAAGUCAAAGUUAAAUCACAUCCUUUUGUAAUUCCCACAGUAAUAUCCACGUUACCAUUUUCAGGCCACAAGUUUAGCUUUUGGCAUUUUGGAGAUAAAUGAACAUACAUUCGAUACAGAGCCAGACUGAUAUAGGAUUUUUAAGACUAAUAUACUGUCCUACAUUUGACACAGUGACCUUUUAAUUUUCUUUUUGGGCACAUAAACACACUUUCUUAACAUUUGUUACAUGUAUUUAUUUAUCUACUCGUUUACGCUCUGCCUGACUCUGCUCAGAGCACCUGGUUGUGUUCCUGUUGUGUUUCAAACACAGUGUAGCCAACAGGGAAGUGGACAAAGCUUAACAUCAACAAUCAGAAUGUCCCUUACGUUUCUGCGUUCCGUUUUUUAUUCUCAUUUAUAGGUCAUUAUAAAUGCCAAUACUGAGAAAUCGGCAAAUAGCCGAUGUAUCAGUCGGCCUCUAAUGCAGAGUUUGCCUUUGAAUUUAUAGUGAUUUGUGGUGCUGCUUUAACCCCUGAAACAACAACUAUGGAGGUAUAAUAUAGUUAUGUACUAAGACUUUUUAAAAAUUAUUUGAACUUUCUAUUUUCCCCAUUCUAAUACUCCUCCUAUGCCCUGUAAAUACACAGCAAAGAUCUAGAAGUAUUUAUUAUAACUGUGCUGUCCCGCAUAUUGGUGGAGUUACUCAUAUAAAACCUGAAUAUGGCUUCAUACAUCAUUCAUUUCAUACUACAGGAGUAGUAGAGUACUACUGAAAUGGCAGUUACUGUUGCAGAGGCAUUUUUAGGUUGUCUGUGGUCAAUGGUCACAGUCAUUUUUUUUUUUUUGGCCUUUGCUCAAGAAUUGAAACAAAAGCUAUGACAUUUGCGUUUGUGACAUUUGCAUUAGGGAAAACUGCCCCACUUCUCAAAGUUGAUAAAUUUCAGAUGUAUUUUUCUAAUUUAGCUUUAAAAGUUUCACUCCUGGUUUCACAGUAGAUGUCGAGGCUAUCCACGUGAAUUUGUGACUAAAUUUAAAUCAGCAGAUCUGCACUCUGAGUCGUCACGGAACUGUGUGGAGUUUACUGCUAACUCGAGGAUUUGCAAACUGAGGGCAUUUCAAGCGAGUGGUUUGGCCUUUGUGGUUAACUUCAGACUUAGCGAUCAUAGCUUUAAUCUUGAUUACAAAUAUUUGUGUGCUGUGAAUGUAGAUUUUGUUUUUUGUUUUUUUUAAAAAUAGCAAUAAGAGUGCCUCUGCUCCUACAAGAGGCACAAAUUGAAAUGCGGGGCUAGCGUUGAGCAAGAACACUAAAGCUGCACAAACCGAUUUUUGUCUCGGUCUUUGCUGUUGUUUGUCUCGAGGUGGAGGACUGUUCAAGUGAUAGAAAGUUUUAAUUAAUGUCAUAUUAAAGUGUACUUAAAAUAAACUCUAUGAACGAAGACGACAAAAACAGCGCUAGAAAAUGAUUUCUGUGUAAAUACACCAAAUAGUGAAAUAACUGUGAUCAUAAGUAGUUGUGUUGAUGAAGAAUAUAAAAAGAGUGAUGCACUUUUAAAGUUUUGUUUUGGGUUUUUUUGUGUUUCAUUAUCGUUGUUUACUCCAUAUGAACAUAGUUUCAUUUUCUGAAGCGAGGGCACCGUGUUACAACAUGUAGCUCUUUAGCAACCAAGUUAGCUUUCAGUUUGAAAUAUUUGUCUUUACUUGUUUGCUGCCACCUUCAUCUUCAUCGAGGCUCUGCAAGCCAUUUAAAAACACUUCUUUAUAGAAUAGGUUUACAGAUUUGCGUCCUCUGUUGUUUUUAUUACAUGUAACAUUUCUGUUUCUGUGUUCGUUUGAAUUGUGUGGUUCUGUCAUUUCAUCUUUAUGUUUCUAGAUUUUUUUUCUGUCUGUUUCCACCAGUUUCAUCACUUUGUUCUAGUGUUUUUUUGCCUCCCUUUUUUCUGACUGUCCCUGUCUACAGUUGUCCAAAGCUCCAGAAAAUUGAACUCUGACUGAAUUCAGACUGAAUUUUAUUACUAAAUGGUCAGAUUUUGAUGUUGGCUAUUGAAAUAUUUGUGUGAGCUUGUUCUGGGAACUUUUCCUGAACCAUGUUCAAUAAAAUAUGAAAUGAAUUACAAUUCUGAGCAAACUUUUCACCUUUUUCUGUACUUUUGAUGGAGUUUUUAGAAGGAUUGUUUUAGAGAUUGUGGCUGGAUUAAAGUCUGAAUUGAGAUGAA